AUACAGGCUGGUACCUGAGGUCUGCUUCCCCGAGCAGUACUACGAUGCUCUGCGUGCUACUAAGCAUUUCUUGCAGCCUGAUGUCUUAGCUCAGUAUUCGGUUGACCCAAGUCGAAUUGCAAUCUCUGGUGAUAGUGCAGGAGGAAAUUUGGCAGCUGCUGUGUGUCAGCAGCUUAGCAAAGAUGAGGAUUUGAUCAUCAGACCAAAACUGCAGGCCUUAAUUUAUCCAGUCCUUCAGGCAUUUGACUUCAAUACACCUUCUUAUCAGCAGAACAUGAAUAUGCCUGUUCUUCCUCGUUAUGUCAUGAUCAAUUACUGGAUAGAUUAUUUCAAUGGGAACUAUGACUUGGCUCACGCACUGCUGAUUAACAACCACACUGCUCUUAACGUUGGCCAAGCUCUCUCUUUCAGAGGACGUCUGAACUGGACAUCUCUGCUGCCUUCAUCAUUCAAAAAGAACUACAAGCCUGUAGUACAAACCACAGGCAUGGCUGAAAUCAUCCAGCAGAUGCCAGCGCUGCUGGAUGUACGAGCAGUCCCACUGCUUGCAGACAAUGAGACUCUGCAGCUGCAGCCAAAGACAUAUAUGCUGACCUGUGAGAACGAUGUCCUGCGAGACGAUGGGGUGAUGUACGCCAAGCGCUUGGAGAACGCCGGCGUGGAAGUCACACUGGAUCACUUCGAUGACUGCUUUCAUGGCUGUAUGAUAUUCACCGUUUGGCCUACUGACUUCUCUGCAGGUGUUCAGACCAGGAACAGCUAUAUCAAAUGGCUGGAUGAAAACCUCUGA